AUGCCCUCCUGGGCCCUCUUCAUGGUCAUCUCCUGCUUCCUCCUGGCCCCCCAAUACCUGGCACAAGUCACCAGCCAAGAUGUCUCCUUGCUGGCCUCAGACUCAGAGACCCUGAACUGUUUCUCCCGAACAUUUGAAGACCUCACUUGCUUCUGGGAUGAGGAAGAGGCAGAACCCAAUGGGACCUACCAGCUGCUCUACGCCUACUCGGGGGAGAAGCCCCGUGCCUGCCCCCUGAGCUCCCAGAGCAUGCCCCCCUUCGGAACCCGAUAUGUGUGCCAGUUUCCAGCCCAGGAUGAAGUACGCCUCUUCUUUCCACUGCACCUCUGGGUGAAGAAUGUGUUCCUGAACCAGACUCAGACUCAGCGAGUGCUCUUUGUGGACAGUGUGGGACUACCAGCUCCUCCCAAUAUCAUCAAGGCCAAAGGUGGCAGCCAGCCAGGGGAACUUCAGUUCAGCUGGGAGGCCCCAGCUCCUGAAAUCAGUGAUUUCCUGAGGUACGAACUCCGCUAUGGCCCCAAGGAUCCCGAGAACUCCACUGGUCCCACAGUCAUGCAGCUGAUCUCCACAGAAACCUGCUGCCCCGCUCUACGGAGGUCAAACUCAGCCCCUACUCUGGACCAGCCUCCAUGUAUUCACCACACAGUGCCUCAACAGGAUGGAGCAAAGCAGACCUUCCCAACUAGAGAAGCUCCAUCUCUGACGGUGAUGGGUGGUAGCUGCCUCAUCUCAGGGCUCCAGCCUGGCAACUCCUACUGGCUCCAGCUGCGUAGCCAACCUGAUGGGGUCUCCCUUCGUGGCUCCUGGGGAUCCUGGUCCUUCCCUGUGACUACAGACCUGCCUAGGGAUGCAGUGGCAAUUGGAUUGCAAUGCUUUACCCUGGACUUGAAGAAUGUUACCUGUCAGUGGCAGAAACAGAACCAUGCUAGCUCCCAAGGCUUCUUCUACCACAGCAGGGCACGGUGCUGCCCCAGAGACAGGGACCCCAUCUGGGAGAAGUGUGAAGAGGAGAAGAAACCAAAUCCAGGAUUACAGACCCUCCAGUUCUCUCGCUGCCAGUUCAAGUCACAAAAUGACAGUAUUAUUCACAUCCUUGUGGAGGUGACCUCAGCCCAAGGUGUUGUUCACAGCUACUUGGGCUCCCCUUUCUGGAUCCACCAGGCUGUGCUCAUCCCUACCCCAAACUUGCACUGGAGGGAGAUCUCCAGUGGGCAGCUGGAAUUGGAAUGGCAGCACCCAUCAUCCUGGGCCACCCAAGAGACCUGCUAUCAGCUCCGUUACACAGGAGAAGGUCAUCAGGACUGGAAGGUGCUGGAGCCGCCGCUCGGGGCCCUGGGAGGGACCCUGGAGCUGCGCCCGCGGUCUCGCUACCGUUUACAGCUGCGCGCCAGGCUCAACGGCCCCACCUUGCAAGGCCCCUGGAGCGCCUGGUCCGACCCAGCGAAGGUGGAGACCGCCUCCGAGACCGCCUGGAUCUCCUUGGUGACCGCUCUGCUCUUGGUGCUGGGCCUCAGCGCCCUCCUGGGCCUGCUCCUGCUGAGGUGGCAGUUUCCUGCGCACUACAGGAGACUGAGACAUGCCCUGUGGCCUUCACUUCCAGACCUGCACCGGGUCCUGGGCCAGUACCUUAGGGAUACUGCAGCCCUGAGUCCGCCUAAGGCCACAGUCUCAGAUACCUAUGAAGAAGUGGAACCCAGCCUCCUUGAAAUCCUACCCAAGCCCUCAGAGAGGACUCCCUUGCCCCUGUGUUCCUCCCAGGCCCAGAUGGACUACCGAGGAUUGCAGCCUUCUUUCCUGGGGAGUAUGCCCCUGUCUGUGUGCCCACACAUGGCUGAAUCAGCAUCCUACUGUACCACCCACAUUGCCAACCAUUCCUACCUACCAUUAAGCUGUUGGCAGCAGCCCCGAGAUCAGGCUCCUCACGCCCUGUACCCUGGACAGAUCCAAACCCUCUAGACCUCUCUGGGAACCUCCCUACUUUACCCCCCAACACAAACACCUUCAGACCUCACCUCCA